AUGUUGGCGCAACAGACUCGUUUUUCGCCUUCGCGUGGAAUAAAGAAUCCAUUGCUGCAGCUCCUUGAUGUAGCAAUGUCGCUCAGCUUUGCCUUCAUACGGAUUGCAAGUCGCACCACAUCACAGAACAUACUCGACUUUGAGACCCCACAUGCCCUUCGCAUACACAUCUCGUCCCUGUCUUCUCCAAAUUUCGCGAGUUCUUAUUCCCUGGGUAGUAUUGGUUUGCUCGAUGGGUCAAUAUCCUAUUUAUACAGCAGCCGAGCGCUGAGCAGCCUUGCAUCCAAGAGCAAUCAGAUUGGUUUGAGGUCUCUCAUACAUGGAUACCGCCAGUCCCUAGAACUGAAGCAACCAGAUCAAGCGUCAUCAUGGGAAGUAUGGUAUCAGGGAAAGAGAAUCGACCGCAAGGAUACCCUCCUGUAUGGUCGAUUAUAUCUACCAAGGUCAACUCUUGAAGCUUUAUACAUGCGUCGACUUAGUCCAAAAACGCAGUUGAAAGUCUCUUGUGUAAGCGACUCGCGGCUUCCGAAUGGUGGUACUAUUCUGGCCCAUCUUCAGCACGAUGCCGCAAAACAUUCUACUGAGUACCUCUACAGUACAGACAGUGCUCUUCUCGGUAUCAAGACUCUCUACAAUUUUGGAUAUGAGCGUGAAAUAAAUUCCAUGCGCCCCAAUGAAGGUCUUGACUUUACGCACGCUACUGGAGGCUCUACGCCUACAGCUACUACAGGAGAUAGGCUUUUGAAAGCUAACGGGCGCCUCUCAGCGGGAGCUGAAAUCUAUUACGGCUUGUUAAACAAAUCAGGAGGGCUUUCCGCCGGCCUGCGCUUCAUAACACUGCCUUCACACCCCGGCUUUCCAUAUACCAUGACUUGCACGUUGAACCCUCUUAUGGGCAAUCUUAGUAGCAGCUACUCGGUCCUCGCAAACCGACGCCUUAGUUUUGGCACUCGUUUCGACUUUAAUGUCUAUUCCUACGAGAGUGACAUUCAAAUCGGGGUACAGCAAUGGCUUCGAAAGAAGACCGAAGCUUCAGGCAAUUUGUCAUGGGCACGCGAGAAGAUGGACCUUGCUGAUCAGAGCAACCUAGAAGAUGAGGCUCUAUCCGGCUGUGUGAAGGCACGAAUGGAUCAGCGAGGCUCGGUGGCUUUGCUUUGGGAGGGUAGAUUCAAAGACCUCCUGUAUAGUUGUGGCACGACUCUCGAUCUCCGCAACCGGAACAAUAUGAUUAAAUCUUUCGGUAUUGAAUUGCAAUAUUCAUCGUAA